UGAGCGCAUUGUUGUCUGUGACGUCACUUUCAUCAUGGCCGCGCCCGUAAACCAGGAGCUGAAGAAGGCCUUCUCAGAGCUGCAGGUCAAGAUGAUCGACCGGCAGCAGAAAGUAAAGCUGGCCGACCUGCAGAUUGAGCAGCUGAACCGCAUGAAGAAGCACUCCAACCUCACGCACACCGAGAUCACGGGCCUGCCCCCCAACACGCGCAUGUACGAGGGUGUCGGCCGAAUGUUUAUUCUGCAGUCUAAAGAGGAGAUCAACGACCAGCUGACAGACAAACAGAAAACAGCCGACACCAAAAUCAAAGAGCUGGAGCAGAAAAAGACGUACCUGGAGAGGAGUGUGAAGGAAGCUGAAGACAACAUCAGAGAGAUGCUACUGUCUAGGAGGGCCCAGUGAUGCACACACAAACACACACAUACACACGCACACACACACACACACACACACACAAAAGAGCUUGCAUAACACACAUGCACAUACUGCUGAAUGAUGUUGGUUUCCAUGAAAACGUGGUGUUUAAAUAAAACAAGGUUUGUGAAGAUGUA